CUGCCCUCGCUUCGGCUCCCGCGACUGGUCUGAUGCUCGCCUUCGGAACAGGGUGCUCUUCCCUCGCGGUGCCUAUAGGCUCUGGCUGGUCUCUCAAGGCCUGUGCUAGACGCGUGAUUCUGGCGGUGUUUGCAGUGAUGCGCUUAACGUGUGCUUCGAUUCUCUUGCCGAGGGAAGCGGACGCAGGAUGCGGGUACGCCAUUUUCAAAGUAAAAUGAAUACAUUCUCAUGAAUCGCACGUUGCAAGGUGCACGUUGUAUCUUGCAUGCGCUGUGGCUGUUAUGACGAUCUGUUGUGCAUCUCGGAAUGCUCGGAAAGGUGCGCGAUUUCCGAGAUUUUAUUUUCCACCACGCAAGCUCACCAGCACUUUCACGUCUCUCCUUUCCCCACCACGUUCAAUGCCCUGCUCAAGAUGAUCGCGCCUCUUCUUCUCUCUCUCGCGGUCCUCACGCAGUCUGGCCUCACAGCUGCUGCAUCGUCGGUAACGUGGCUACAGCCGCAGCGCAGCGCAAUCGUCAAGCUCUCUACGCGCGGCUAUCCCUCCAAAGACGCCAGCGCACCGCACGCGCUUCUGCUCAAGUUCGAGCUCUCCGCAGACAACAAGACGCUCCUCCUUGACGGCACGCCGUUCCUGCCGCUGCAGAACUACUACAUCCCCCCGCGUCUUUCCGCGUACCACGUGCCCGACGACACCAAGAGGGAUGCGAUCAUAGCCAUCGCCGAGGGUGAGGAGGAGGGGAGGCACCAUAUUCGCGGGCAGAAGCUGGAGCUCGACUAUGACCGGCUGGUCGAGGGCGACCCCACAGGCGGCCCGCCGUACUACAACCACCAGCCUGCCCUGCGCUUCCGCGUUAUGGGGCUCGGCAACGACGGUGCCGACUUCCUCCUGGAUCCCCAGGAACAAGAGAUUGUUCAAGUUUCCAUGCGCGAUCAGAAUGAAGGGGGUUGGUCCAACGAGGCCGCAUCCUCGUAUACCAUCGAUCGAAUCGAGAUUCUACCCGCAGAAAAGGUGUACAGCGACCUGUCUACCUCACUCGGAGACCAUAUGGGGCCUGAAGCGGACCAGGAGAAGGAAUGCACGCGGAGGACCUGGAAGUGUCCCGACGAGGGCGUGUACGAAGCCGGCUCGCCGUACCGGACGCCCUAUCGGUUCAUCUGGCGGAGGAGAUUCGACCAAUACGGCAGGAUCGGCUCCCUGAGGCAUGACUUCGUGGAGCAGUGGAGCAUCUCGAAGCAGAAGGUGUACGAUGACCCUCAGAACUCUGCUCUGGUUGCACUAGGCAUAUUGCUGGCCACGGUUCUUGCUAUUGUUUCAGGCCUCAAAGCGCGUGCCCAACGGGCGGCUCGUGCCCAGCCGCCUGUCAAGAAGCAUUGGACCGAGAGGGAUGCUGAGAAGAAGGCCCAGAAGGCCGAGAAGGUGGCAAAGAAAGGAGAUCCUAAAGAGGGGGAAGCGGAAGAGGUAGAGGAGGAGGAAGACGACUCGGAAGACGACGAUGCCGCGUGGCUGUCGGAGAUGGCCGCGCAGUCCGGCGAAGUGCAGAUGACGACGACGGAGGCAGCGAAUCUGAUAGACCUGAUGUCUGAUGAUGAGGACGAUCUCGAUGCCGCCGCCGCGAUUCCUGCAACCGCACCCAAGACCAUCGAGCCGAAGAAGGAAAAGAACAAGAACAAGAGAGUCGCGUUCAAGGCCGAUGCGGAGGAAUAGAUCUUGGUAGUGCAGAAUCAAUCAAAGAAGUGUUCAGACUACCCUGCGCCGCGUCGUCUUC